AAAUGAUGUUUCACUACGUGUUGGCUGCUCUCCUCGUUGCCCAGGGUUGCCUGGCCCACGCCGGAUAUCGAAUCAUCGAUGGAGAUGAGUCUCCGCCCCAUCAAUUCCCUUACAUGGUCUCAGUCGUGUGGGGUCUCCCACCAGUUUUCUCGUACAGACACAUGUGCGGAGGUACAAUUCUCAGCGAAAAGUGGAUUCUGACCGCCGCCCAUUGUGUCGAGAAAUCCCCAUGGAUUGGUAAACUGGGAGUUUACGCCGGCAAACAUAUUAUCAAUCAGAGAGAGGAUGGUCAACAAUUUUCGACCGUGGGCCUCAAGGUUCUCCACUGGAAGUACCCUGAAGGCAACGGCGAGCACGACAUCGCCAUGUUGAAACUGGUAACUCCGCUGCAAUUCGGGCCCUACAUCAAAGCUGCUAAAUUGCCGAGAGGAGAUAGAAUCCCUUCUGGAACCAGCGUCCUCGCUGGUUGGGGCUCGGUCUCGAAGGGCUGGUUGCCCAAAUAUCCAGCAAUUCUCCAAACGGCAACCGUUCCUAUCAUCGAUAAUGACAGGUGCUACUCUGCCUUGCACGAACUGUCUGGUGAUUAUCGACUCUUCAAGACGCAGUUGUGCACAGGGCCACUUUACGGAUCCGUUUCUGCAUGUCACGGAGAUGGCGGCGGUCCUCUUGUACAGUAUGACGAAAACGCUAUUGCAGAGCUCGUAGGAAUCGUCUCAUGGUCAAAGUACCCGUGUGGAUCCGGUGCACCGACUAUCUACACGCGUGUAUCUGCAUACGUCGAGUGGAUCAAAAACAAACUUUUAGACACAAUGAAUGCUAAAUUUCUUUUCGCCUUUUGCACCGUCCUUGCAACGGCUGUAAGCCAAAGAAUCGGUUUCAACCUACCGACUCUCGGACUCGGUCGCAUCGUCGGUGGCGAGGACGCUAGAAAGAACGAAUUCCCUCACCAAGUUUCCCUCCAAUGGGGUAUUCCGCCACUAGUUAAAUACCAACAUUUUUGUGGUGGAUCGAUUAUUGACAGCCAGUGGGUUCUCACUGCCGGCCAUUGCGCCGAAGCUGUUCCCUGGAUCGGUAGUUUCGUAAUCAAGGCUGGAAAACACAACGUCAAAGUUAGCGAAGCUGAUGAACAAGUGAUUUCUGUAACGAAAAAAAUUGUUCAUGAAAAAUACGAAGGGGAUGUCGGCCCAUAUGACCUCGCUCUCCUGAAGCUGAAAUCUCCUCUCGUCCUGAGCAAUGCUGUAAAGGUGAUAAGUAUACCAAAGAACGUGACGGUACCAUCCGGGAACAGCACCCUUUCUGGAUGGGGUUCGAUUUCAGCGGACGGUAAAGAAUUGCCUGCAAUCUUGCAGAAGGCUGUUCUCCCGCUAAUAGAUCUAAAGACUUGCAAUGCCACGUUGGAAGAGCUCGUUGGACCGAGCCCGUUGCACGAAACCAACAUUUGCACUCGAUCUUUGAACGAACAAUCGGCUUGCAGUGGUGAUUCCGGCGGUCCGUUGAUAAAAAACAACACUUCCGGUAAUGCGGAACUAAUCGGAGUCGUUUCCUGGGGUGUGCUGCCUUGCGGCGCGGACGCGGCUCCUUCCGUGUACGUCGACGUGUCCCAAUUCGGUGACUGGAUCAACGCCACGACGUCUGGCUUUAUCUCCGAUCAUUGGUAUAAAAAUACGGGGGGCAGGUCGAAGGAAUCAUUAAACCGAGUCGCCAUGUCUCCGAAUCUUGUGGUCGUCUUCAGUACCAUCCUCGUCGCGGUGGUGCAGGCCGCGGACCCCUUUUUCGGUUUCAAUGUGCCGAAACUCGGUUUCAACUCCGGUCGUAUCGUCGGUGGCGAGGACGCCGAACCUGGCGAAUUUCCCUAUCAAGUCUCGCUCCAAUGGAGCCAAAGCAGUUCCCAGGAAGGUCGUCACUUCUGCGGCGGUUGUAUUCUCAGUGAAAAUUACAUCGUGACUGCUGGACAUUGCGCUCUUGCUGUCCCGUCGUACGGCAGUUUCGUUGUCAAGGCUGGAAAACACUUCAUCACCAGAGCCGAGCCUGAGGAACAAGUUGUCGAGGUUGAAAAAUCCGUCGUCCAUCCCGAAUACGUAGGAUAUGUUGCUCCCUACGACAUCGCUGUUCUGAAGCUGAAGACUCCGCUGAAGUUUAACUCGGCGGUUCAGCCAAUCGAGCUACCGAAACAGGGCGAGAUUUUCGAGGGGAAGAGUCACCUAUCCGGAUGGGGUUCGGUGGCAGGAAACGGGCAGGAAAUGCCGACGGUUCUUCAGAAAGUCGUUUUGCCGAUUCUGAACUUCGAACCUUGCAAAAAAGCAUUCGACACUAUCGUCGGAUCCAGCCAUCCAUUGAGUCCGAAGAACAUUUGCACCUCAGGAGAAAACGGCCGUUCCGCUUGCAGCGGCGAUUCCGGCGGUCCUCUAGUUUUCAAAACUGAUUACCAAACAACUUUAAUCGGACUGGUUUCAUGGGGCAUCAUGCCGUGCGGCCAAAUCCACGCACCUUCGGUGUACACCCAAGUCUCCGAUUUCGUCGACUGGAUCAACCAGGAAACGAGUAUAAAUUGGUCUGAGCCAACUCAAUUCUUUGCUAAUCGACGAAGGACCAUGACUUCGAAACUCCUGCUGAUCAUCUGUGCUCUUGUCGCUACGAUUAACGCCGUGGAGCCGCAAUUCGGUAACAAUGUUCCACGCCUCAGUCUCGGAUUCGGUCGUAUCGUCGGAGGCGAGGAUGCCCAGGAGGGCGAAUUCCCUCAUCAGGUUUCACUCCAGUGGGGCGUGCCUCCCCUAAUUCGUUACAAACACUUUUGUGGUGGCAGCAUUAUUUCCAGCCGGUGGAUCGUCACCGCUGGACAUUGUGUUCUCGCGAUACCAUCCUUCGGUAGCUUCAAAGUAAAAGCUGGAAAAUACAACAUCAAAAAAACGGAAAGCGACGAACAGGGCGCUCUUGUUCAAUUGAAGAUCGUCCAUGAGAGUUACAAAGGGAACGUUGCACCCUAUGACAUUGCUCUUCUGAAGCUGAAGACUCCCCUAGCCCUGAACGAGGCAGUGAAGGCGAUAAGUUUACCGGAAAUGGGAGUGGAACCGAGCGGAAGCAGUAUUCUCUCUGGCUGGGGUUCCAUUUCGGGGAGCGGUUUAAAGAUGCCUCGAAUAUUGCAGAAAGCUGUUUUACCAAUAAUCGAUUACGAGACUUGCAAAGCUUCCUUGGAAGCUCUCACCGGACCGAGCCCGUUGCACGAGACCAACGUUUGCACCGGAUCUACAUCCGGUCAAUCGGCCUGCAGCGGCGAUUCCGGUGGUCCGUUGAUCGUGAAAAAGUCUUCCGGAGCUGUGGAGUUGAUCGGAGUUGUUUCGUGGGGCUUGAUGCCUUGCGGUUCUCAAAAUGCGCCUUCUGUGUACACAGGCGUUUCGAAAUUCGUUGACUGGAUCCGGACAAACAUGAAGAAAAACGCAUAAAUUUCAACCACAUUCACUCGCCUUGACCCGGAAAUAUCUAGAAUAAGAAACGCCUAUUGAAUUUGAUGUUAAUUUCAUACGAAAUAAAAAUAAAAACAAGUCCCACCGACUCGUGCGGAUGAGAUUAAGCAAAAA